AGAGGAACCAGCCUCCUUCCAUCAGCAGCGAUGAACCCCGCCUUUCCCCCGCCCUCCGCCUCUGCAGAGGGGAGCCCCGCCCCAUGCUAUCUAGCGUCGGAACCCGAGUCCUCCUCCCUCAACUCGGCUCCGGCUCUGGUGCUGGGCUGCUACUUAACGGGAUCAGGCCCUCCGCAAUCACGAGCCCUAGAUCCCCGAGUGGCAGUUGGAGACAUGGAGGACCUAAUUGACAACCUCUCCGUGGUGGUGCACGGACCCCAAGACCUGCGCUUGGAAAAAUAUCCGAUUCCUGAACCAGGCCCAAAUGAGGUGCUGCUGAAGAUGCAUUCGGUUGGAAUCUGCGGCUCUGAUGUCCACUACUGGCAGCAUGGCCGAAUAGGAGACUUUAUUGUGAAAAGGCCAAUGGUGCUGGGACAUGAAGCAUCGGGGACUGUGGUGAAGUUGGGAUCAAUGGUAAAACACCUCCUACCAGGACAGGUAGAACAUAACUCUCGGCCUCUGAUAUUUCUAUCAUUUCGCGGAGAGAGGGUCACCCUAUUUUUGAAUAGGACAGAACAUUGGAUCUGCCUUGAUGGUGACAGGGUUGCCAUUGAGCCUGGUGUUCCCCGAUGUACCGAUGAAUAUUUUAAGAUCGGCAGAUACAAUCUCUCCCCCACCAUCUUUUUCUGUGCUACGCCCCCAGACGAUGGGAACCUCUGCAGGUUUUACAAGCACAACGCGGAUUUCUGCUACAAACUCCCUCAAAAUGUCACAUUUGAGGAAGGAGCCCUUAUCGAGCCACUCUCUGUGGGGAUCCAUGCCUGUCGGAGAGGGGGAGUCACUCUGGGAAGCAAGGUCCUUGUGUGCGGAGCUGGACCAAUUGGAAUGGUCACUUUGUUGGUGGCUAAAGCAAUGGGCUCAGCUGAAGUGGUAAUGAUUGAUGUAAACUCUACUCGACUAGAAAAAGCCAAAGAAUGUGGGGCCAAUUACAUCUACCAGGUCAAGGAGGAGAGCCCUCGGGAAGUUGCUAGUAAGGUAGAAGAUCUCCUUGGACAAAAACCAGAUGUCACCAUUGAGUGUUCUGGAGUGGAGUCUUCUAUCCAGACGAGCAUCUAUGCCACUCGUCCUGGCGGGGUGGUGGUGCUGGUAGGAUUGGGCAAUGAGAUGGUCAGCAUCCCCUUGGUCCAUGCAGCUGCACGGGAGGUGGACAUCCGAGGCGUGUUUCGAUACUGCAAUACAUGGCCCAUUGCAAUCUCGAUGCUUUCAUCCAAGUCGGUGGAUGUCAGGCCCUUAGUCACCCACAGGUUUCCUCUGGAAGAGGCUCUGAAGGCCUUUGAGACAUCCAGCAAGGGAUUGGGGAUAAAGGUUAUGCUUAAAUGUGAUCCCAACGACCAGAAUCCCUAAUAUUGUGACUUCUCACCCUCCAUCCUCCCUCCUCUCUGCUCAAAGACUCGCCAGACCAAAAUGCUUUGGAGGAGACGGACCUUUUUGUUGGAUUGAUUUAUUUUGAAUCAUUAAGAGCAAAUAAAAAGAACAUAUUCUAACAAGA